UGCACAAUUGAAGCAGUUUGAGUGCCAGUGUAAACAAUGCCUCCGUUUACAAAAACAGCUGUUAAAUUCAUUUUGCGUAAAGUUUGCUUUCUGAUUAAUUUAAAUAAACUGCCGCAAUGAGUUCGGUUAACUUUGAAAUACGUUCAAGACCGGAAAAUUAAAUAUAUAAAAUGAAGGUUGUUGAAAACUUUUCAAGAACUACUAAAGGUUGCGUGCAUAUCAAUUGGAACACGGAAGCUAGUCAAUUUACAGCUAUGUAAGUACAAAAAACGUCGUAGUUUUUAAUGCGUUCUACAACUCUGUGAAACCAAUAACACACUUGAAUGCGCCGGGUAAAUUGGCUGCGACUGACAUCGACAGGGGUGAGUUUCAAUAUUUCCAAAGACUGCAAAAGAACUGGAUUCGACCUAAUGUUGUGUGACACAACAGAGUUAACUCAUUUAACAGUAUAGCACACUGAAGAAGCUAUAAAAUCAAUUAAACUGUAGCUGUGACUGCACGUCGGGAUAUUCGAAAAAUGCAACAGUAAUUUAAACUUUCAAAUUACAGAUGGAAAUAUUUAACCGAAGCUCGAAAUACCUAUAUAUAUGAUUCAACCACGCCUGCCUACUUGUCCGACAUUGAUUACUAAGAACUUUUAAUCUGUUUUUUAGAGUUUGCAUUAAAUUUUCUUGUAAUGAUGACUACGCAGUUACCGAACAUUUUCAAAUUAUCUUAAAACACACAGAAUCAGAGUGUGACAGAUUGAGUUCAACUAAUAUUUAAAAUACAAAACUUGAUAUUUUCAUGCAUACCCAAUUCAAAUAGUAUCAACCUUAAUACAAAAAAUUAUUAUAUACAAGUAUAAAGGAAGAAGAAAAACAGCAUAAAUACGACUACAUCUAAAUUAUCACUGAAAUUUAUAAAAAAAAAAUCAUUCCAUAUUUAUUUCAAGCAUAUUAUGGAUGCGUAAAUCUGUUCCAAGGUCACUAGAUUAUUCUAAAGAAAAGUGUGAUCAAAGUGAAGUGUGUUAAAGUGAACUAAAGUGUCCAUGAAGUGCCUGCAAAUUUUUGGCUGUGUUAAGUUUUGUGUGUUGCAUUUGUGUUAUGUGCCAUAAAUUUGCCGUUGCUUGUAUUUUGCUGAGCACAUGUUUGCAACUACAAUUGGCAAGACGUGCAAUCAACGACUUGCCCUUUCUGCCUGCCAGCUUACCAUCCUUGCCAUUAGUUUAUCCACUCUCUUGCCCAACGCCUGGGGUGUACAUCAGCAACAGAAUUUCCCUACAGAUUAUCUAGUGCCACCACCAUUACCCACGCCGCAACAUCUGAAACAUCAAAAUGCGCCCACUCAUCAAGCUGCCGAAACAGUGGCGGCGCCUAGUCACACAUCCUCCAUUAAUACAGCUGAACCGCCCGGCUUUAUGUCACGGAUAGCACGCUGGUUUGGCCUCGGAGCGGCGGAACAAAAUCAACUCGCCAACGGUUUUUCGUCGGAUGAAAAGCAAGCAUACAAUUAUCAAGCACCGUUAGGACCAGAUGGUAAACCUUGUAACCUCUGCAACAAAUAUCCUUGGGUACCAAUGUUCCCGCAAGGUUUACAAUAUCCGACGAAUAAUCAGCAUAUCUCAACGGCGCCGCAACAGCAAUCGCACCAACACUACGAAGCGCAGGAAUCCCAAAAAUAUACACAACAACACCCAUUGCCAUUUGGCAACACUGAGAAGCAACAGUUGCCUGUAAGACAGCGCGCUGUGCAAUUCAAUUUCCCCACAGCAUAUCAACCACUCCCUGGCAACUAUAAAGCAUCACCUGUAGUGGGCAAAGCUCCUGUAGCACCACCAUUUCUACCAAUACCCAUACCGAAUCUAAGCUUGAACGCUUUGCCACCCAUAUAUAAUGCACAACCUUUCCGGGUACCAUAUUUGACGCCUGCAGCUUCCACAACAACCACCACUCAAUCUACGGUCGGUAGUGCACAGCAAUUGCCUACUACGAAACCAGCACAUUUCGCGGAAAAUAUUGGAGCACAUUCGGAGUUGCAACUGGAUAGUGUGCGUCCAGAGCAGACGUAUUCAAAGCCAACACGAGAUCAUGACCCCAGUUUUGAGAUUGUUAAGAGUCAUCAAAUCACAGAUUUCGUCUCAUCAGUGGAGUAUCCAGUCAGCUUCGAGCAAUCGCCUUCUAUAGAUUUGGGGCAACAGCAAGUUCCCGUUAAUCCACCAGCGGUCAAGGAGACGGUUGCGACGGUGCCAUAUCAACAUCAAACAUUCAGUCCAAAUCUACACAAACACUUGCCUGCCUCACAAAUACUCACCGAAUUGGGUAGCUUUGCGGGGAAACCGCAAACCCAACAGCCACAACAAGCCCAGUCAUAUCUUGAUACACAGUCGCAGGGAUUAACACCUCCCCAGCCACAAACACAACAACCGCAACAGUCUCAAAUCUAUCAACAAACGGAUACUUCUUACCAGACGGCGCCGCAACAGCAACAGCUGCAAUAUUCUCCAGCUACCACAUCGCAGUCGCAAACCGGGUAUACCCAAUUUCAACAAAACUACCAGCCAUCCACAACUUUCUACACAACGCCAUAUCAACAGCAAACGCAAUAUUUGCAGCAAAAUUAUGAGCCACAGAAAGCUCCCUAUGAGCCACAAGGUGAAGACAACUUUCCAUCCGCUUCAUCCCACAAUCUCACCGAGGUGCAACAUCAGCAACAAAACCUAGACUACAGACCUUGGUUGCCGCUGACGCAAACCUUUCCUUACACAACAACUGAGCCACCACGCGAGUUCGAAUUGUCAACCCAACUGUCGCAGCUUGGUGAGGUGGACUACAUAACGGAACGCGGGCAGGGGAAUACACAAGUGCAAUUUUUACCUUCCUUACAAACACAACAACCACCGCGACAAGAACAAAUAAAACACGAUCAACGAGAAACACCAAAACGCUUUUUGGAUUCUCCCAUACAACAUGCGCCCGGCUUUCUUAACCGACCACACCCCUUUACACGUGAUCCCAGCGAACUGAAUUUGCGCAGACCGCCUACGCCAUUUGUACCCCCACAACAUUAUUCAAAUCACAAGCAAAAUGCCGUCGAUGUGCCCUUCGCCACAGCACCAUGGCUAGUGACGCCAUUGCCACCCUUGCCCACAUUUACUGGUGCACCUGCGGCGCCCACACCAACCUCCACCUAUAGUGCCAUAGAUGCGAGCGGUCAAUAUGCUGGCAUGUCACCACCAACACCGCCACCACCGGCACGCCACAAAGACAUUCAUCAAAUAAUCAUUCCUUAUACAACGAAAAAUAAGCCACGCCCCUUCGAGCCCACACGUCCACAGCCUACAAUUAAUCAAAUCGCUCAACAGAAUACUGCUUUCCAGAAAUGGUCUGCCCAACAGAAUAGCGUGGAUAUACACGAACAACAGGAGUCUAAAUUGGUGACCGCACAAUUGGCUACGGAGACACCCCUACCUGCACUACCGCGUCGCACUACCAAAUAUGUCACUAAAAUACUUGCCUCAAAUUUACGCGAUCUACUGCGUCGCGAACAUGAAAUCAGACAGCAGAAAACGAAUUCUUCGAGCUUUGAUCUCUCCAAGCUGCAGAAGAAUAUCGACGACUGGACGGAGCAAGAGUACACCUCACUGUCACAUCGUCCGAGUACGCCAACAAUACGUGGUCGUUCCAAGCACAUACCAACUGAAUAUCUUACCACAACAACUCCAGCAUCACGCCAACCUAAGACGACAAUUAGUCUAUUUGAACCACCUUCAGAGUUACCAGCUUCCGUUAAUGAUUUGCAAUCGCUGCUGUUGGAGCGCGAUACGAAGCGUUUCGAAUUGAAUCAAAUAGACGAUGAUGUGGAUAACCAUUUAUUGGACACUCUAGAAAGCGAAACAGUGACUAUCUCAUCAACAACGAGUCAAACAACCACGCAGCAACCGCCGAAUAGUAAUGGACAUGCGGCACCAAAUUUCAUGCAUCUCAAUUCCGAUUCCGGUCAGUCCGAGCCGGCAGAACUUUGGCGCAAAGCCAAGGUUUCAAUUUCGCCGCAAACACACGAAAAGGUAUAUGUGGUCACACCGCAGCCGCGAUUCUUCCCUCAACGUGCGCUGACUACAACCAGUACGAGCACUGAAGUGCCGCUCAGCUUUAGAAAGUCGCCACGUUUUUUAGUGAGACCAACACCUGGUAAUGGCACACACCCAACUGCUCCAGCAUCCAGUCUAUAUAGCCCCGAGCUCUUCGGUCUGAUGGGCCUCUCGGCAUAUGUGCCUGCCAAGCCAGUGGAGAUUAUCCAUGGCAAUUCAAAAGUCUUCAAUAUCAUAACGGCACCACCAAAAACUCAAGAGGAUGAUUCAAACAAACAGUACUCGAACAAAGAUCAGUUGUCGCAAGUGAAGAAAGGCCGACGACUGAGAUCGACAAUGUCGCCAUCUCCAAGAUAAAGUGGCUGCCUCUGAUGCCGUGGAACUUGUUGUUGUAUUGACGAAGAAGACAUCGGGCGGAUGCAGUUUAAUAUAUGCAGUUAUCAAUUACCCGAUCUAUCGUCUGUUCUACUUACUUUUGUAUUAUAAAUUUCAAACGUUUUUUUUUUGUUUUUGUAUACGCGAUCAUUAUUGCUACGCAACUUUAACUCUAAUUCUUUAGUUCUAGGUUAUGCUGUAAAUUGUAGCGGAAGAAGAUCUAGAGUUAAAUGUCAUGAAAAUAUUUUUAGGAGGUAUCUGCGCGUGGAAAUAGUUUUAAGAUUAUUUUAAUUGUAAUUCCAUGGAUAAUAUUAUAUAUACAUAAUAUUAUCGACGUCGCGAGAAAUAACAUCUUUUAUGCUCUAUUUUUCUACUACCGCGCAUACCAAUAAAAUCUUCAAAACUCUUCACGCGGUCCUAGUGGAUUUGAACUUUAUUAAUAGCUUUAAAAAAAUUAUAUAAUAUUAUAUAUAUUAUAUAUAGAAUGGUAUUUCAUAGCAAAAUAAUAUCUAGCAGCUAAUGUAUAAAGAAAUUUAAAUAAAUAUGUAAUUACGAUAAUUUGUUUACUUUUUCGACCAUUUUUUACUUUUCUCUCACUUCCAUACGCAGUGCAGCUAGAAAAAAGCAUUUCUUCCAGGCAUCGUGAAGUGCACAGUAGGUAGCGGCGGAUUUUUUUUUGCUGAAUAUCUCGCUAACCGCUGGUGGAAUAUAUUUGUUGACCCUGCGUCGUCGCUCGGGCAACAAUCCUGCAUCAAAAAAUUCGAGCUGCCUAUAAAAGGAUGCAUAGAAGAAUUAAGAUUUUUGGAAAUUUAACGGAUUUGCUGUUGGAAUGCCACCACAAGCAAUGAACAAUAGGGCAUCGCUACGCAUUGUAUGUGCGCUGCAGGUCCCAAAAGGUCUAUAAUGACGGCGAGGUGCGUUGUGAUGCCGAAGUUGGCGAGAAAUGUGAUUCACAAAUGUGUCCCUAGUAUGUCACCGAAUUUCAAGGAUGUCGCUAUUGUUGCUCGAUGGUGAUAUUUCGGCAGCACACGCUUUUUCGCCACCUGCCACGAUGAUUGCCAACGUCUCACGAAAAAAGCUACCAAAAUGUACGGUCACACCAAAGGGUAAACAACUGUUGGGCGACGAAUGUCCACUGCACAUUAUACAUCCACCAGUGGAAAAUCCAAUAAUAAAUUUAAACUAAAAAUCUGAAAGUCUUAAGUAUAUAUUUAAAUAUAUUUAUUCGUAUGUUGGGAUACUCAAAAAUAAUAAAGUGCAACAUUUGCAUAAUGACCUAAACUUUCAAAUAUACCUAUUAAGUAUAAUAUAUACAAACAUCUAUACAUAUGUAUAAUUAGCUAUAUAUAAUAGACACUAAAUAAAUAAAUGUAAUAAAUAUUUACAAAAAAAAUAUCUAAGAAAUUUUUGAUAAAAAUUAAUAUUUUGUUUUUGUAGUUUUUAAAAAAUUUCGCUUUAAUUAAUUACACUUUUUCAAUGGAAAUUGCGUACAGUUGAAAAAAUCUGCGAAAAAGAAAUUCGCUCGCACCUGCACGGCGUCGUCGCUGGCAUUUUUCCCAAAAGUUAAAUUGUUCAAAUUGCAUCAGGCGCCCAGAUCAAAUCAGCAGGUGUUUGCUGCAUUUUGCACACACCCACAUAAGGCGACAUGCACUGCAAGCAUGCAUCGAAGGUAGCAUACUUUCAGGCAAACGGAUGUUGUACAACUGUUAUGCCGGCCGAAAGAAAGCAGCGUUUUAUCUGCAGCCUAGAAGUAUGCACCAGUGAAGGUACUUUCGCUUACCGGAUGCUGUGCUGGUAAGACAGUUCACAUUUUUCCGGCAGAUACCUCCUGCUUUUCUGAGCAUUCUGGUCGCCUAGUACCAGAGAAUGUAAAUGAAUAGAG